AUGGUGGCUGCAGGAGGUGGUGCCACAGAUUAUAUCCCUCUUCCGGGCCAUGGUGGCGGACUACAAGGUAUUGAUGGCGAUGGUAAGGGUGGAAAUCAAACCUCAGGAGGCGAUGGCUUUUAUCCAGGAAUAUUUGGUUAUGGGGGCGGAAAUGGAGCAAGAAUUUACUUGGAUGGCGGCCCAGAUGGCAAUGCCGGUGGUGGCGGCGGUUAUUUUGGAGGAGGUACAAGUAAAAGCGCCACUUUAGGUUCUUCAGGUGGUGGAAGUUCGUAUAUAAGCGGUUAUCCAGGGUGUAUUUUUGUCACUGAAGAUUUCACACCCGAGAAUCCUAAAUUCUCUACUGCAGAUGAUCCUUCAAUUCAUUAUUCUGGAUAUAAAUUCGAAGAUCCAAUAAUGAUCGAUGGAAAAAGUCGUAUGUUUGCCCCUAAUAUUUUUGAACCAAUCCCAGAAUACGGUCAUCGCGGAAAUGGCCAUGUAAUCAUUUCAUCACUAGAAAAAAAUUACUUAAUGUAUAAAGCAAAAAUCAUUCCCCUACCAUAUAAAUUCGGUUGUUCUUGUCCAUUAAAAUUCAUACCUUAUUUUAAUGGAAUGUAUUUAUAUUCAAUUAUAUUCUUAUCUCUGAGCUAA